AUGGCGCCUCCCAUGCCUCCCCUCUCACUCUCAGCAUCACAAAGCACAACCACCAUUCUGAAGAUUUUUCCAAAACCUCCUGCUCCGGAGAGCAGCAACAACAAUUUUGCAUUUGGGGCCAAAUUCGACAAUAGGAGGGCACUUCUAUGCGGCUUGGUCGCUGCUGCUGCUGGCACCAUGCUGGGCCCUGACAUCGCUGGUGCUGCUUCCAAGAGGCGGCCUCCACCACCAGGGCCAGCAGAAGAGAAGAAAGACCCUAAUGUUAGCGGUGUGCAGGCUAAAGUGCUUGCCAGCAGGAAGAGGAAGGAGGCCAUGAAGGAAGCUGUGGCCAAGCUGAGGGAGAAAGGUAAGCCAGUCGAUAAGUGA